ACCUCCAUUCUCCUCCUCCCCUUUCCAAGAACAUAUCGUAGAUUAUCGAAUUAUCACGAUCGAUGGAUGACUCGAAGAAAUACCCUCGAGGGCACUGGAGGCCUAGAGAAGACCAGAAGUUGCUGCAGCUGGUCGAGGAGUUUGGACCUCAGAACUGGAACUCGAUUGCUGAGAAGCUUCAAGGGAGAUCAGGUAAGAGUUGUAGACUGAGAUGGUUUAACCAACUAGACCCAAGAAUCAACAAAAGGCCAUUCACCGAGGAGGAGGAAGAGCGGCUCCUUGCCGCGCACCGGUUUCACGGCAACAAGUGGGCUCUGAUCUCUCGGCUCUUCCCCGGUCGAACCGACAACGCUAUCAAGAACCAUUGGCACGUCGUCAUGGCACGGCGACAACGAGAGAACUCAAGGAUGUGUGGCAAAAGGAAUGAUGCCUUUCAGGGGCAUAGUUUCCUCAGCCACGGUGUUAAUUCAAUGAACCACCUCCUCACUUCAUUCCAAGCUCCUGAUCGGGGGGACGCCGCCGGAAAACUCUUCGGGUUUGGGAGCAUUGCAAGGGAAAGGACGACGAUGAACCCUGCUCUUCCUUGGAGUUUCUCUACUAAGCUCCACGGCCUGAUGGCUCGUCGUCCACUUCAUUGGAGCACUUACAGAAGUUUAGGAGGUGCGAGUGAGGAGGCGGUGAGCUCCGUUAGGGAGAAUUCGACCAUAUCGAUGAACCCUAGCGAUGUGGAGCGUGAUGAAGGAUCUUUCAAGAGCAAGAAGGUUGGCUUCAUAGAUUUCUUGGGGGUUGGGUUUAUUUCUUGAGGCUAGCUGAUUAUAUUAUUUCUUGUAGGUGAGCAUAAUUAUGCACUAAUUAAUUAGAAUAGAUACAAUAUAUAUUUAUUGUUUGAUCAUGUGUCAAUUAAUCUUAUGGUGCUUAAUUUGCUUGUUUAUCAAGUGUUAAUAUCAUAUAGA